ACCUCAUCCUCUUUGUUGAUCACGCAUUAAAGGAACUCAAAGUCAUUCUCCCCUGGUGUGGAGACGAAAUGAUCUCAUUCGCAGUGCUUGUUCUCGCGAUCGUGAAUAUUGCCCAUGCACAGGUGUCCACGGCCACUAUAGCUGAUGUCGGAUUUCCAGUAAAUUACCAAGGUGGAAUAGUCAUUGGCACGGGCGCGGAGGGCACGACGUUUAUACUUUCUGGGACAGACCUGAUCGAUAGGCCGUAUACCAUGACGGUUGCUCAGGAUGCGACUCACAUUUCCAUGGGUAGCGCGUGGGACGCGGUCGUUGCAAUGCCACCGUACAACUUACCACCAUACGAAAUACGAUGCGGCCUGUCGCAGAGCGUGGCUAUCUGCACCGUGAAUAUUGAACAGUUUUCGACCCAUUACACUGAGAGGAUGAGCGCUACUCGUGUAUUGGUAAGUCCCGGACCUACAGCGAGCAGCUCGACGAGAACUGGACUUCCUGGUAGAAUGUUAAUUUUCGGGAUCCCUGCUUUUCUGGCAUUGUUGAGCCUCUGGACACCACAGUUAACUGCUGUCAUAUUGUAAAAUACCAAAACUUGCCCGUCACGUUUCUUC